GACGCACGCACGUCCUGCGCGGAGCCCGCGGUUCGCAGCCCAUGGCCCUGGCGACCACGACCCGCUCUAACUCCCCGGGUCGCGGAGUUUCGGCCCCGCGCCGUGUGUCCGGGCGUCCGCUUCCCCUGCUAGCACCAGCAGCGGCCGUCCCCUUGGCCCGCCCUGCGGCUCGGGAGCCAAGCCCUUCCGCAGCCGCCGCCGACCUCUCCGCGGCCUUUACCCCCGAGAAGGCCCUUGCCUGGCACCUGGGAGGGCCUGGCCUGGCCUGGGCGGGACUCCCUCAGGGACGGAAGUGGAGACGCGGGGUGGGGGUGGGGAGCCGUUUCACUGGCAGCUUCAGAGAACCUCCGCCCUGGACCUGCGCCAGGGGCCCUUGGCGGAGCUCGAGGCAGCCUGUGGCUGGAGCUUGGAGUUGCAGCCGGCUGGACAGCCGCGUAACUCGGCUGGCAAGAACACCUGAGGGCCCGCGCCGGCCACCUGCUGGGGUGCCCCCCUCACUCCCAGCCUUGCAGAAAAACACUGCCUAUGGGAGGAGCCCCGAUGGUCUCAGCGGCCACCUUUUCCUCCUUUCCAGUCUCACCUGCGGAGUGGGGGCAUGGAGGCAGGAGGCAGCACGGUGCCCUGCCAGCCUUUGUCCUUUCCAGAAACCGAAAGGGGGGAGCUGUGAUGGGUGGGCUUCUCCCUUUAGGUCUUCAGGCAUGGCUGUCCCCUGUUUUGGCCUGUCCCCACAGCUCUUCCUGCAAACUCUUUUUUCCUGAGGAUCCUAUUAAGAUUGUCCGGGGCCAAGGGCAGUACAUGUAUGAUGAACAGGGGGCGGAGUACAUCGAUUGCAUCAACAAUGUGGCUCACGUCGGACACUGCCACCCUCUCGUGGUCCAAGCCGCGCACGAACAGAACCAAAUGCUCAACACCAACAGCCGGUACCUGCACGACAACAUCGUGGAUUUCGCACAGAGGCUGUCCGAGACCCUGCCAGAGUCGCUCUGUGUGUUCUAUUUCCUGAAUUCUGGGUCGGAGGCCAACGACCUGGCCCUGAGGCUGGCCCGCCAGUACACACGACACUGGGACGUGGUGGUGUUGGAGCAUGCUUACCAUGGCCACCUGAGCUCCCUGAUCGACAUCAGCCCGUACAAAUUCCGGGACCUGGAUGGCCAGAAGGAGUGGGUUCACGUGGCACCUCUCCCAGACACCUACCGGGGCCUCUACCGCGAGGACCACCCCAAUCCAGCUGAGGCCUAUGCCAGAGAGGUGAAACGUGUGGUCAGCAGUGCACAGGCGCAGGGCAGGCAGAUUGCUGCCUUCUUUGCCGAGUCGCUGCCCAGUGUUGGGGGGCAGAUCGUUCCCCCUGCCGGCUACUUCCCGGAAGUGGCGAAGCACAUCCACAGGGCCGGAGGGGUCUUUGUCGCAGACGAGAUUCAAGUGGGCUUUGGCCGCGUAGGCAAGCACUUCUGGGCCUUCCAGCUGCAGGGGGAAGACUUUGUCCCCGACAUUGUCACCAUGGGCAAGUCCAUUGGCAAUGGCCACCCCGUAGCCUGUGUGGCCACAACCCAGGCUGUGGCGAGGGCAUUCGAAGCCACCGGGGUCGAGUACUUCAAUACGCGUGCAGUGCUGCUGUUGGGAAAGCUAAAGUCACCGAUUCUGUCUUCGUCGAGACGGAAUCCACACACUGUAAAGCUGCACAUGCAUCUAGGUCAACAUCUUUGCGAUGCCAGCAGUUACCCUCGACCACCCUCAAAAGAGCAUCUGCCUUAUUUUUCAGACUAUGAGACGUACUUUUCUCCUCCACCUCCGCCCCAACUUGGGAGAAUAGUUGUUAAUGCUGCUGUUGAGUUCUGCUUACAUUUACAUUGGUGAAAUCAUUAUUUGUUAUUAAACUUUACCACAUUUUUUGCUUUCAAAAUUUUUUUCCCCUAUUUUCCUCCUCUAAAACCUAGGUGUGUCCUAUGGUCUGAAAAAUACAGUGAUCAGUCCCAUAACCCAAUCCCCACCUUGCUUUCUACCACCUUCAUGUAGUACAAAUCACCACCAAAACCCAACCACCACCUUCCUUCCUUAUGUUUCUUCCUUUUAAUUUCAAAUGCAUGGAAGAAACUGCAGUGCUUACCUGGCAGGGGAGACAGAAUGUUGCAAAGGCAGUUUUCCCAGGCAAGGCUCCUGCUGGACUCUGGAUGACUGAUCCCUGCCAUUUCCCCAGAUGUGGGGAACGCAGUGCAUUCAUGUGGGGGGGGGACUGCAUUUGUGCUCCCUGGGAAAACUGUAAAACUCAUUCUCUGGGGUACUGAAGAUGUUGCUUCCUGUCCAUUGUCAUCAGUUUUGGCUCAGAUAAAGUCUUAUAAAAAUUCUCUGAGUUUGGACAUUUCCUUAUGUUGACACUGUGUGUUUCAGUUUUUGCUGAAAACUGGACAUUUUAAAUAAUGUGGCAACUUUGGAAAUCAUUUGCCCUCCUCAUGGUUUGUUGCUUUUUCUUUGCUUAGUGCCUUUUUUGAAGGAACUCUUGUCAUUUUUGUGUGUUUUGUCAUGCACAGGCACUGGAGUCUCUGCUUGGUUAGCUUAGUGACCAUGUAACGGUUGGGCAGACAUCUUAAAUGCCUGGGACCAAGUCUCUCAGCCUUGGACAAGAGUUGGUGUGUGGGGGCACGUGGUAUGGUAUGCUUCAACACUCAGCCAAGCAUUUUGCAAGUGUUAGCGUUUACUCCUCCUCCUUCAGAGCCUCAAGGUAGCCAGUGGUGAGUUUAGAGCUUUCUAGGUCUUCCCUGAACGUGAACUUAGCUUUGAGCAUAAUCCUUACAUAUAUCCACAGCCUUUUAGAUUUCCAGGACUAUGUCCAAGUGUUUGUUCAUUUUCUUUCUGUUGU